AUGAAUAUGCAUCGAUCAGCCAACAUACAGAACUCACUCCCCUAUGAUAUUGCCCUCAAAAUAGCUUCAUCCCUUCAGGUUGUCGAUUUGUCUUCUUUGGGAAGCUGUUCAAGGUUUUGGAGAGACUUGUGUGCUUCUGAUUGCCUGUGGGAGCCUCUAUCCAAACACAGGUGGCCUCAAUUUACUUCUCAUCACGAAAUUGACUCCAAUUCAAAGGGGUGGAAGGGUUUGUACAUAAGCAAGCACAAUGAGAUGGCCCGGAAAGCUGCCUCCGUUGCAAGUUUUGUGGAAAGAGCUCUGGCUUACGAGUCAAUCGAGGUCGGAGAUUAUUUGAAAGGGAUAGAGCUACUGAAUUCGCUACAGUUUGGGUUUAAAGACAUUCAAAUGUUCUUGCUUAAACCCGAGCUGAACGUGCUUCUGAACUUGGUCGGCUUGCACUAUUGCAUCAUAUGGCUUGACGUGCCGGCAGAGUAUGUGAUAGAAGCACUAAAUAGCAGGCAGGUCUCGGAAAGGGAAGUGUGUGUCCAGUGGUGGAAGCUUGGCCGGUGGUUUUACGGUUUUCGCUUGCGAGACGAGUUUCAUUCAAGAAACGUGUCUUUAGAAGCUAUGGCAGUUUCUAAUGAGGAAGUGCUUGGGGUGCUCCAACGUGGGGCCGUGCACGAGGUCAUUCGUGUUCAGAUAUCGGCUGCUAAGCCGGCUCACAAAUCCUGGUCUUGCCAAGUUGCACAAGUGUGA